UAGUAUUUUACUGUUAUAGCUGAUUGAUAUAUAUAUAUAGGCUUACAGUUUCCAGUAGUUCUCAACCUGUGGGUCGGGCCCCUCUAAAGGGUCACAAGAUAAAUCUGAGAGAUGAUUAAUAGGAGAGGAAAGAAGAAAAGCGCUGCACAAUUAUUGAAAUGAAACCAUUGGAGAAGGAGAAACGUCUCUUCGGAGGAACUGAAAACAAAUUCUACACAUCUGAAACAUGACAAGGGGCCUCAAAUAGAAACGGAUUGUUUUUUUGUAGAGGGUCACAAGCUAGAAAGGUUGAAAACCACUGCUUUGAUCUUUAAUGAAACUUUUUAUUUCAUAAGUGUGUCACGUGUUUUUGUAAAUGUAAAAUCUUCAUCUGAAAAGUAAUUUAUUGCACCUGCCAGAACAUUGAGUUGAGUAAAAAGAACAAUACUUCCUUCUGAACUGUAAGUAUUAUAGUAUGUAAGUAACUUAAUAGAAAAGUGAGAACUUGUUGUGGUUUUCAGUUACAGUAAAAUCAUUUUCUGGAUUAUGUUUUACUGAUACACGUCAUGCAGUUUUUAAUAUUUUAGAUUCUGAAUGUAAAAGCACUUUCUCUUCUUCAGGUGGUGGGAUGAAGCUCCAUGAGAAGCUCUUGACGCAUUACCUUUCAUGCACCUCUCCGGUAGAUAAAGAGGGAUACCUUUACAAAAAGAAAGAGAGAAAUGCCACCUACCAGCGGCGGUGGUUUGUCUUGAAGGCAAACCUGCUUUUCUACCAGGAGCGCCCGGGUGACCGACACCUGCUGGGUGUCAUUGUGCUGGAGGGCUGUGCAGUACGGGGCUCGGAGUCUGAUGGACAGUUUGCCUUUUCUCUGGUGUUUGAAGGGCCUGGACUCAAAACGUACAGAUUUGCAGCAGGGGAUGGUCCGACUCAAGAGAGCUGGGUGAAAGCUUUGCUCUCAGCCAGCCACUGUUACCUCUCCCUGCUGGUGAGAGACUUGGGGAGGCAGUAUGAAGAAGCUAAACAGCAACAAGGCCCUGGUGAAUCCCGUCACAGCUCCUCUGUCAGUGCCCUCAAACAGUCCACUAACUUCUUCCCUGUGCAGGGGCGUACAGCAGUGGUCAGGGAGGGGAGAAGCUUCAGCGCCUGCACUGUUUUACAAGCACCGUCAACGACAACUAAAGUGGUGGCUAAAAAAUCCCCUAAACUGUGGCCCAGGAGAAAUGCUCACGUCACACCACUUAAUGGACCGGCACCUUUGUACGGCGAGUGGCCUUUGGUGGGUUUUGAUCCUCUCGAGGACUUCAGCAAACUUCAUGAUUAUUAUGGACAGGAAGUGAAGAAAGCGAGAGAGGAAUGGCUGAGGAGUCGACGAGUAGAAGAGGAACACAGUGAUGGACAUCUCAUCGACCUGGGGUGAAAGAAAACCUGAGAGUCAGAGAUCAUUUAAGAGGAAGUGAGAUGGAGAGGUUCAUGCGUGUUGAAAAGGAACUGAAAGGUUGUGGCUUCAACUGUAUUUAAGAACAUAAGAGUCUGAGACACACACAUGUGCUAAAUGUUUCUCCGUUUCAUAUGAUGAGUUUAGAUCAUUUCUAUGUUAGAUUUGUUUGACAGAAAGUUGUAAUUUUCCUGAGAUAAGACGGCUUUAAAGUGUCCAUGGGUUGCAAAAGAGAACGAGCAAGGAAUCUGCAAACAAAGGGUCAGAAGUGGAGGUACUGCUGGGGUCUGCACUUCUGCACAUAGUGGACAUGAAGAAGUGUGUGCACAGGUUUUCUUUACAGCAUUUUGACUGACAUUACUGACAUUAACAAUGUCUCUGUUCCAUGUAAGUGUCUACGUAAGCCGUGACAGUGUAACAGUGAGCCAACAGGACCCCUGAAACUGAAGCAACUUAAUGGAAUUCAUCCAUCCUUUUAGUACUGUGUCACGUCAACAUGUCUUUCAUGAAAAACAUCUAUUCCUCGUUAGUUCUCAUGUACUAGCGGCUAAUUGGAACCUGCACACCUGCUGCCAACUGCAUAUUCAUAAAGGUUUCCUGAGCAGUUAUUCACACGUGUUGCAAUUAAGUUCGUCCAUGGUGUAAAAAGGCUUUAUGAAGCAGUAAGUAACAAAGUGCUAAUUGCAUUGAUGAUAUUCCUUUAUAUUUCCCUGAGCACUUUAGUAUUAAAACAUUUGCAAUUAGCACUUUUAUCCGUAGCAAAGAAAGGAUGUCUGGUGCGGUAUUUAUGGAAAAUAAAAGCGGUUUGACUUAAAUGUCUCAUAAUCAAUAAGUUGACUCACACACACAUCCACACAUCCGUGAUAUAAGAUUUGGGAUACACAAAAUACAAAGAGAAACAUUGUUUUAAAUGUUGAUUUAAUAUAUAUUCUUAUGUAUUAUUCCGAUAAUUAAAUUAUAGUCGAUAAAUUAUCAGCCGGACAUACGAAGUUAAAUGGCUUUCAUUGACUUAACAAGCGCAGCAUCGACACACUGAUACAGUCGGUGACGGUAUACUGUGAACCAACACUUCUGUUGCAAUAAAGGUUUUUUAAUGUUUCUUUUUAAAAUAAAUUAACAUUUGAAGAGUUAGAACUA